GUUUUAUUGCCAGUCGAACGAUAGAUCGCGAAACGUGAAUAGUCACGUUUAGUGUGGAUCGAAUAUCGGAUAAUAUUUCUUUUAUAGACCAUACAGACGUUACAUUCCUUCACUAUUCAUAAAAAACUAUAUAAUAUUUACUAUAUUCUGAUAAUUGCAUACUUGUCUACACUUACCAGGAUACGUUUAAUUAUUAAUUAUUAUAAAAUAUAUCGGUAGGUUAGUUAUUAGCACAGAUUAUUCUGAGAAUCGAUUUGGAAAGAACUGAAAAUGACCGGCUCUUGGACUAAGGACGUUUACCAGAAACUCAGUCGGAAAAAGACCUACGUGGAAGAAAUCGGAGUUGAAAAAGACAAAUUUAAACGAGUGCUAAACGUCGUGGAUUUGACCGCAUUAGGCACUGGUUCCACGUUAGGAUGUGGUGUUUAUGUAUUGGCCGGAACAGUAGCAAAGUCGGUUGCUGGACCGGCUGUUGUAUUGUCUUUUAUAUUGGCUGCAACAGUAUCUUCGUUUUCAGGUGUUUGUUAUGCUGAAUUCGCUAGCCGGGUGCCUAAAGCAGGAUCCGCAUAUAUUUACAGUUAUGUGGCAGUAGGAGAAUUUAUUGCAUUCGUAAUUGGCUGGAAUUUACUACUGGAACACACAAUUGGUACCGCUGCUGUUGCCAAAGCUAUGAGUAACUAUUUAGAUUCUUUACUCGGAGAUCCCCAGAAAAUGUUUAUGAAAAAACAUUUUUCAAUACACUUGGAUUUUUUGGGAGAAUAUCCGGAUGUUGCAUCAUUUUUGUUUAUUAUGUCUAUCGCUUUGGUCGUGGCCUGGGGUGUUCGUAAAUCGUCAACUCUGAAUAACCUUUUUACUACAUUAAAUUUAUUGACUGUAUGUACGGUCAUUGUUAGUGGAUUUUAUUUUGCGAAUUUAUCGAAUUGGUUCAUCGAUAAAAAUGAUAUCCCAGCCGGAGUAAACGGUGGCAAUGGUGGAUUCUUGCCGUUUGGCUGGACUGGUAUGGUCGCUGGAGCUGCGAGAUGUUUUUAUGGGUUUAUCGGUUUUGAUUCAAUUGCUUCAACUGGCGAAGAAACAAAAAACCCCAAAAAGACUAUACCAUUGGCAAUCGUUUUGACGCUGUUCAAUGUCACGGUUGCGUACUCGAGCGUAGCGUCGGUGUUGACCUUGAUGUGGCCAUAUUACGAUCAAGAUCCGAAUGCACCCUUACCGGUUAUAUACGAAAAUCUGGGAAUGCCUGUACUGAAAUAUUUGGUCACCGGUGGUGCGGUAUUCGCACUUUUCACCACCUUAAUAGGAUGCCUGUUCCCGAUACCGCGAAUUCUGUACGCGAUGUCCAGUGACGGGUUGCUGUUCAGUUUCUUGUCGAAGAUCAACGAGAAGACCAAGACGCCGUUCAUAGCCGCUAUAAUUUGUGGUGUCUGUGCAGGUCUAUUGUCGACCAUAUUCAAUCUAGAGCAGCUCGUCGACAUGGCGUCCAUUGGCACGCUUCAAUCGUAUAUGAUCGUUUGCGUCUGCGUUUUGAUCCUAAGGUAUAGAAAUACUAAUUUAUACAGCCGGGAUUCAGACAGUCCUGAAGUAUAUACGAUUACCACGUGGUUAAAUGUUUCGAACUCAAAUAUUACCAACCAGGAAACCCAAUACGUGUCAAGAGUAUUGAUAACCAUUUUCUCAAUUACUGCGUGCAUAUUUUGCAUUUCUGUAGUAAAUUGGGAUUCUCAUCAAGACAGUGUUCGAUUGAUAUUGAGCUUCAUAAUUGGUUUGUCAGCCAUUAUAUUAUUGGUUGUUACGUUAAUGUUGAACAGACUUCCACAAGCAAUUGAAAGUUUACCGUUUAAGGUGCCUUUUGUUCCUUUUGUACCGUGUUUGAGUAUAAUUCUUAACUUGUAUCUGAUGAUGGAACUAAAUUUCAAGACGUGGAUUAGAUUCAGCAUUUGGCUAAUAAUUGGUUUGUUAAUAUACGCUUUCUACGGCCUGCAACACAGCAUAGAAGGUGUCAAAGACCAGACGACUAAAACUGAAGAAGGCAAAAACGAACAAAAAAUCUCCAACUAAUUUUUUCCACGAUAAAGUGUAUAACCAAGCAUUUUGUGUUUAUUUAUAUGUAUUAUUAUUCAUAUAAUCAUGAAUAGAUAUAAAUAACGUUUAAAGUAAAUGCAAUUUACCGCGGUAAAAUAUUACGAGUACCUACCUAUAUUUUUUUAUUGCUGUUUGAAUUUUUUAUUUUUUACUUUUAUUUUUUUAUUGCAUGUAAAUUAAAACUAUUAAACAACAAAAGUCAUGAAAACUCCAAUUCUCAUUUAGUUUAUGGAUUAUAUUAUUUUAUAUCUAAUAUUAUUAUAUAACAUGACGUUCAGUUGUUUUUAACUCUUGAGAACUCUAAAGUUUCUAUAAGAAAGAUUACAUACUAACUUCAAGAGAUAUUUCAAGAGCAAAUUGUAGCAAAUAAGACAGCUUUCCAUAAUAUAAAGUUCUGUCAAUAAAUGGUUUCUCCAACCAAGUCGUCUAUUUUUUUAGUCAUUUACUAAUUUUUGACUAUUGUAAAAAAACUGCUUACAAAUUAUAAUAUCUACUAAUAAAAUUAUCAAUCAAAAA